AUGGUACAACUGCAAAGCUAUGAUGUAGUUGCCAUCACGGAAACGUGGUGGGAUGACUCAUAUAACUGGAGUACUACAUUGGCUGGAUACAGACUCUUCAGGAGAGAUAGAAAAGGAAGAAGAGGAGGUGGCGUAGCUCUUUAUGUUAAGCAAACCUUCGAUGCCAUUGAAAUUGAAACAAAGGAAGAAGGUGUUGAAUGUUUAUGGAUAAGAAUCAAGGGGAAGGCCAACAACGCCGACAUCAUAUUGGGACAGGAGCAGAGAGGUCAUUCUUCCCCUGUACUCGGCACUGGUGAGGCCUCACUUGGAGUAUUGUAUCCAGUUCUGGGCCCUCACUUUAGGAGGGACGUCGAGUUACUUGAGCGUGUCCAGAGGAGGGCAAUGAGACUAGUAAGGGGCUUGGAGCACAAGCCAUACGAAGAGCGACCGAGGGAGCUGGGGUUGUUUAACCUAGAGAAAAGGAGACUAAGGGGCGACCUCAUUGCUCUCUACAACUUCCUGAAGGGUAGCUGUGGUGAGCUGGGGGUCGGCCUCUUUCUCCGGGCGACAACAGAUAGAACAAGAGGACAAAGUCUCAAGCUGCGUCAAGCGAGAUGUAAGUUAGAACUAAGAAGGAAAUAUUUCACAGAAAGAGUGGUCAGAUACUGGAAUCAUUUACCCAGUGAGGUGGUAGAGUCAUCAUCCCUUGAAGAAUUCAAAAAAAGACUGGAUGUGGCACUUGCUGCCAUGAUCUAGUUGAACAGUUAGAACAUGGGCUGGACUUGAUGAUCUUAUAGGUCUCUUCCAGUCUUGAACUUCUGUGAUUCUGUGAUUCUGUGA